CUCCACGACUAUACCUUUUAUAUUCUGAUCACCUGUUCCUAAUUCCCAGCUCAUGCCCUCCUCUCCCUUUGUGUUCUUCCCUGUUAGAAUUCCGUGCAUGCUAGAAUCCUGUGAAAAGCUUCUCUCAAUGCUACCAACUCAUUCUGUCACUUUAAGAGGCGGGGAGGAAGGCUGUUGCUGCGGAAACCAGUGAAUACAUUGCAACCUCACUGUGGAAGGACAGGGGAAAAACGCAAUUUCCUCACAGCAGAUCUCUGGGAAGUGUUCUCUUCUACACCCACCUGUUCCAAGGCUUUAAGUCCUCAUCUCUCCACAAUGCAAAAGAAGACCUCAGACGAGGUGGCGAAGGAGGUGCCAAUACCAAAAGUCCCAGCUGCCAACAAAGGGGCAGUGGAAUUCCUUUCGCUCAUUGAACUGAAAGAGAUAAAGUACUGCAUUUUUGGGGAAUCACUGGUUGCCAUCUCGGAAAGCGGAGAGACUACAGGGACAUUCACCAUCUCAGUGGAGGAGACCAGCUAUUCACCAGAUGACUGGGACGAAGAAGACCUGUACCUGGUCCGUGCCAGCAGCAAGGGGACCAUUGAUGGCAUCCCUUGCACAACAUCCAUUACAGGAUAUGUAACAAAGAAACUGGAAACUGUGGAGCAGCACACAAAGGAAAGUGUGAGGUUCAGAGAGCACCCAGUGGAAACCAGGACCCAUGUGGUGAGACGCCAAGACCAGCUUUUUGUGAGCAAAACUGUGGUGGAAAGAGAUGAAGAGAUCCACGUUGACACAUUUUCUUACAAACGUGGACAGCUUCAUGGUCUAGUCUCAGAGUCUGCCAACUUCCUGGUGAUGCGGGUGAUGGCCAGGAGGCAAGCCGUACCACAGGAUGCCAUUUUCCUCGCAUUUGGCAUUGACCAGCACAUCUGCCCCUGCACCUAUAGUUCCCUGGGCAUCCAGAAGCAGAAAGUGGGCAAAGAGGAGGCAGAGGUGUUUGUCAUCGAGAGAGUUGUGCACUCCGUGGACGAGGUCCCCCUGUGCUGGCAGUUCUACUUCCUGUCAGAUGGGCAUUUAUCUCGCCGUGUCCAGGUUGGAUCCCCCGCCACCAUGGUGAUCCUGCAGAUGCCCAUUCUGAUCGACACAGAUGAACCAGACCCUCGUCCAGUCUUCGAGAAAAUCCCGCUGGAUUGGGAAGAGGAUGUGCAGCUGUAUUCCCAGUUCUUAGACAGAAAGGAGGAGCUGCAAGCAAGCCAUGCCACCUAUGUGCGUCGCCACCCAGAGCUCCGUGCGCUGUUGGCAGAUUUCUUACAGCUGCUGCUCCUUCGCAAGCCCGAUGACGUGGUCACCUUCGCUGCGGAGUUCUUUGCCCCCUUUUCAGCGGAGCGCCCGCCCUGCAGGUCGUUUCGGUCAUCCGACAAGCCCAGCCCCUUUCGCAGCCACGUCUAAACUAUUCCAGCAGAAGAAUAAAGACCCAGAGAAUGAUGCUGGGGUUUGCGGAAACUGUUUUUGGAAGUUGCUGGGGGCAUGUCCUGCCCAGAGGGGUGCAUGAUGACUACUGCUGUGUCCAGGGCAGAGGCUCAGUCCUGAGGCACGCUGCUUCCCAAAGGGUGUUAGGAGUGCUGCAGGGAGUAGGAACUGAAACCGCUAGCAUUUCCGCACCCAGCGCAGAGCUGGCGACUGUGCAAAGUGGGAAGUGGUGGAAAACCUCCAGAAUGUGACAUUUUGGAUCAAAUGUAUCCUUAAAAAAGAAAAAAGAAGAAGGCAGGAGUUAAACUUUAUAACAGACUUCUCUGAAUUUAAAUUUUUGGCUUUAGAGACAAAAGUUCAGCCAAUAAAUAAUUGAAUCAAUUGAUAGAAAAUUUACAAAAAGUGAGACCAAAUAAAGUUUUUUCCCCUAUUAUUGAAAACAAUGAGUUUAAAAGGUGCAUCCAAAUAUGUAGACUUCUGUGUGGAGGAACAGCUAAUGGCUGUGGAAGAAGAUGCACUGGCCUGAUUCAGAUGUAACUGAAAACUAUGGUCAAAAGUGGGAAGCUACUGUUUAUUGCAGCUAGAAACUUAGCAUCUCCUCUCCUCCCACAGGAGGGGAAGGAGGUGAGAAAGGUAGGUGUGACUGUACAAACCGAUGGCUCAUGCCUGCUCAUUGUUAUAUUUGAAUCAAACCUUGAAUAAGGUAUCAAACAAACGUUAAUUCAGAUAAAUCUGCAAGUGGUCUAAAAAAUAAUAAUCAAGAAGUAGACAUCCUUUCCGAAGAAUGGAAGGAGAUGGAAAAGGUGGCGUCAUCUCUGUUUCUAGUAUAUCUGUCAACAUUAAGAGCCAGUCAUUCUCACUCAGGCAGGUCCUUUUUUCCAGUUACAUCUGUAGGGACCCAGCCUUUACAUUUGAAACAUGUAAAUAGCAAAAUCCCCAUCAAACACAAUUUUGUUGUUUUGUCUAAAUCAAUAUUAGAAGUUACAACAUUUAAACAUGCACCAAAACCUUAAAACAUUUAAAAUUGAAAUUGUCCUCAGCUAUUCUCUCGCAAUACCCCUCCUGAAAGUUCAACAUUUUACAGAGCACCAGUUAUGUUCUCUUCAUGUAGAUAGAUCUGGCAAAUGUUUUUUUGUACUUACUUAGGAGAAGGGCGAUGUUUACAUGGGCCAUUUUUGUCUUGGGAAAGAGAACACAGGAAAUGUGGGGUUUUUAAAAAAGAAAUGUUGUGCCUAUUAUCAAACUAUGAAAGUACAGCAUAUUCUUAACACAGUUCUUUUAGCACAGUAUCUCAUCCCCCUUGGUAAUUGUUCCAUAAAGGGAUAUUUGUUUGUUUGUUUGUUUGUUUGUUUGUUUGUUUGUUUGUUUGUUUGCUCACUGACUGAAAAUGUUUUCUGUACAAAAAUAUUAUGUCUGCAUAGGAAAAGCAGUGUACAGGGAUAGCCCUCAGCCAUCCAUAGAUAAAUGAUGAUACUACUAA